AAACCCGCCAUUAUGGACGUCAAUCACGUGACAAUAAUCUCGAAGUGAGGUUGUGUUUACAAUCCAAAAAUGAGCGAAACUUGCAAAAUCUGUAAAUAUUGCACAAAUAAAUUGGAAGAUUGUCUCGACGAAGGCCUAACGUGCAGUUCAUGUUCGCAAAGUGUUCAUUUGCGGUGUCUCAAAAGUGGUUGUGUGCCUGGGGGGCUUCACGGCGAUAUUUUUUUCACAUUCACUUGUGAGGAAUGUUCGGAGGCCGGGUCCGAGUCGUUUGUUAGGGAGAAAAUGUCUUGGUUAAAAGUAUUAGUUUUGGCUUUGUAUCAUUUGCAGUCACGAAGUCCGGGUUUGGGGCGCAAGGGGUACUUCCAUUGGAGGAACCACAUAGCGUCACUAAUCGACAAAAACUGGGAGAGUCUGUUUUUGAAGGAUUUUAAAAAGAAAAAAAAAUGGGUUGGGACCGUUGCUGGGACUUUAUCGCACUUCAGUACGUAUUUUUUCAAGUCGGGGACUUCGGUCGUUAAUGAACCGGCUUGGUGGGCCCUCACCUACCCCAAACUCACCCCUAACGUAAUUUCAAAUUUAUAUGCUGCUCUCACGAACGAGAAGCAAAAAACGAAAAUUUUAAAAAUAUCAGUCUCAGACACUGAAUUAUUCACACAAAUUUUACACAAAAACAUCAAAGACGAUGAUUUGCUAACGCCUUUAUUCACUGUCGAUGUUCCCAACUUUUCGGAAAAAAAUCCAGACGAUGAAACCAAUAAAAAGAUUACUAAAAACUUUACCGUAAAUAAAAGAAAAAGUCUUUUACCAACAUUUGAGAGCACGUCCAAAAAACUCUUAAAAAUGAAUAAAAACUCGCCGGUUUUUUCAAACUUAGGUGAUGAAUUAACGCCAACUUAUCUCAAACAAAACGAGCGAAAUUUGGGCGAAGCUCAGCCACGUAAUAAGCCCCCAAGUGAGCAAAAUAAGGAGUCUGUGAAAUUGCUCGACCCGUUUUGUCACUACAACACUUGCUUUAGCAACGCGUUUAGGCAGAAAGGAAGCGAAAUGAGAGUCAGGUUGAUGGGUGGUAUCAGAAAAGAACUAAUUCUCUCACCUUACAGCAGCAUUUAUUUAAAACCUUACAUACGAAGAGAUACAGAAACUUAUCCAUCCUGGCUACGCCUAAUGGCCGAGAUACAAAUGAAAGCAAACGAAAAAACACAAAAUUACGUUCUACCUCCAAGGGCCCCUAUUGACUACACCUACGUCCAACCUGAGCACAUACCUGCCAUUAACAGUCUCUGCAACAACUUUUUUUGGCCAGGAAUCGAUCUAACUGAAAGUUUGCAAUAUCCGGAUUUUAGUUGCGUAGUUUUGUACAAAAAAUUAAUAGUGGCGUUUGCGUUCCUCGUCCCCAAUGUUAAAUACACCGAAAAUUACGUCUCUUUUAUUUUUACACGGCCAGGAUGGCGAAACGUCGGGAUUGGAAAGUUCAUGUUGUAUCACUUAAUCCAAACAAGUCUCGGCAAAGAUAUCACACUACACGUGUCCAUCAACAACCCGGCCUUGUUUUUGUACCAAAAGUUCGGUUUUAAGGUGGAAGCAGUCGUUUUGAAUUUUUAUGAUAAGUAUUUACGCGAGACAAGCGAAUCGAAACAUGCGUUUUUCUGCCGCCUUGAGAGGUGAUGUUGCUCCGAGUUGCAUCGUGUUUUACGUAAUUUAUUGAGGCACUUUUUAUUAAUUUUAAUAAAGUGAGAAAGAAACUAAA